AUGUCUAAAAUACGCGAGUUACCUAAUUCUUCGGCUCGUAUUCUGUCUAGUGAGCAGAUUAUAACAUCAGUUUAUUCUGUAGUAAAGGAAUUACUUGAGAACGCAAUUGACAGUGAAGCGAAGAACGUGGAAAUAAAGUUGGAAGAAUAUGGUAUUGAAAAAAUUGAAGUUAAAGAUAAUGGCAGUGGAAUUCGUAAAAAUGAUAUCACUUUUGCUGCUAGACCACAUUUUACCUCUAAAAUUACAUCCCAUGCUGAUUUGGAGCAGUUGCAAACUUACGGAUUUAGAGGGGAAGCUCUUGGUGCUAUUUGUGCAGUUGCAGAUUUAGAAAUAACCACCAGAAGUGUUGAAGAUGAUUUCGGCUCAACUUAUGCCUUUGAUUGGAAGGGGAAUGUUGUGUCAUCAAAAGUUUCCCCUUGUUCUCAAGGAACUACAGUAACAGUUCAGAACUUAUUUAAAAGAGUCCCAGUUAGAAAGCAGCUUUAUCGUUCACUGAAAAAUAAAAAAGAUGAAUUAAAGAAAGUUGAAGACUUACUUAUUGCUUUUGGAUGUGUACAAUAUGGUGUUCGAUUUGUUCUUUAUCAUAAUCGAAACAUGGUUUGGCAAAAACCUGCUGUUAAUAACAGUAAAGAAUCCAUAUUAUGUGUGUUUGGCAAAACUGUAAUGGAUAAUUUUGAAUAUAUGACCUGUGCAGAUGAGAAAAAUGAAAUAAACAUUCAACUUUAUUUGACAAAACCCGAUGCUUCAUCAAUUUGUUGCAGUAGUUCCCCAAACAGAUGCAUUGUGGCAAUAAAUAAAAGACCAGUAAGAAUAAAAAGCAUUGAUAAGCUUUUGAAAGAAUACUACUCUAAAAAUUUGGAUAGUAAUAAUAGGGGGAAAUAUCCAAUAUGCUGCAUGUUUCUUACUCUAAGACUGGCAGAUGUAGAUAUUAAUGUUGAACCUAACAAAACAGCUGUCAUGCUACAUAAUGCUGAUUCAGUUUUGGAACUGCUAUCUGGUAUGUUAAAAACUUGUGGCACAGUCAAGACUAAUGAUCCAAAUACAAGAGAUUGCCCUAAUGUAGUGAAAACUCUUGAUAACUUCUGCCACAAUGUGGAAAAAACGAAUGUUUCUAAAACUAAUCCUACUCCUGUGCUCAGUGUUAAUGAACCUAAAGCAGCUGUUUCAAUGCCUAAAAAUCAUUUAAGUAAUGAAAACAGUUUAAAAUCAGCUCCAAUUCCUUGUGAAAUUAAUGAUCAAUCAAAGCAACGGAGACAUUUAUGUACUGGAAAUCAACUUGAUAACCUGAACAGCAAUGAGAAAAAAGAUUUUGCUGAAAUUAAUCUAACUCAUAGGCUUAAUGAACCUAAUUGUGUUCAUGAACCAAAACCCACUGUUUCUUCACCUAUAAAUGAAUACAGUAACUUUUUUAAGCUAACUUCAAGUUCUGGUAUGAUGUCUGAAAAUCUUAGUGAUAAAUCAAAAGAAAUGACUUCUGCAUGUGCCACAAAUAAACUCAAAACCAGUAAUUCUUGGCAUGACCAAACUAAUCUAGUAGUAAAUUCAGAAAAGUUAACUUCCAAUAUAAACACAGCUCCUGUCAAAAAAAUUCCUGACAUUAAUGAAUAUUUCUCAUCUCCUUCUCCUAAAAGACAAAAGAGGAACCCAUUAUCAAAUCAGGUUUAUCAUCAUGUUAAAACUCUAAAUGAAGUCAUGUCAUCCAGCAAUAUUAACUCUAAAAAUUAUGAAAUAAAGCUUCCUGAGUCACAUUUGCUGUCUGGUGUUUCUGCAUUGGCACAAAGAAGCAGCUCAAGUGGGGACAUUAGUGUUAAAAUUGUAAAUAUGGAAGAAGCUACUGAAAGUAACAUAUCAAAUAGAAAAAGACAUUUAUCUGAUCCAAGUCCAUCUUCAAAAGAAAAUAAGAAAUUGGAUAAAAAGGUCCCGAAAUUGCAAACCUGGUCUCGAGGACAUUGCACAGGUGGCCUAAAUCUACAGCCUGCAACUGUUUUAAUGCCAAAAGUUUUGAAUAACCCUGACAAUGUCCACCAUAUAAAGUCCUUGGAUAACAAAAAGGAAACUGGAAAUAUUGAUCAAACAUUGUCAGAAAGAAAAUUGACUCCAUUUGAUUUCUUUUGCCGGAAAUAUCGUUUAGAAAUUGCUGCUCAGAAUCCAGAUUCUAACAGCCAUCAAAUUGCUCAAAUUCUGAAAGAGAAAUGGAAUUCUUUAACUUUUGAAGAAAAGGCUGUGUUUAAAAAUAUGAUAGCCAAAGAAUAUCCUAAGAAAAUUCAGACAAAAAAUAAACUUAGAACUGCAGUUAGCCAGAUCUUUGAAAACAAAUCAACAGCUGUCAUACCUACUGUUAAUGAAAGGAUAGAAAGGAUAAAUAUGAAAAAGAAAAAGAAGAAAGAAAUUGAAUUUGAUAUUAAAAAUAUCAAAAGAAAUUCCCUCAAAAGUUUUCAGAGUGCUACCAAUCAAGAAUUGACCCUAAUAAGUUGUAUUUCAUCAGGAGUAUGGGUCUGUCACCAAAGGGAGAAACUAUUGCUUUUGAACACCAGUCGAUUGCAAGAAUCCAUAAUUUAUUAUAGAUUGUUAGAGACAUUUCAAUUUCAUAUUAUGCCCACUGAACCCAUUUGUUUGAGUGAUUUUGAAAUUGAUGAGAAUUUAUUGGAAAUUUUAAAUCUGAACCUUGUGCAACCAAACAGUGAAACUUCCAUAAAAGAUCGAAGACUAACUGCCAAUGGUUUAGCUGUAGUUUGUCUCAAAGGCGAAAGCAAAGUGCAAUUCAAAAUAGUUGGAAUGACGAAUAAGAUUUCAUUUUAUGGAGCUGAUGAUUUGAAAGAAAUUUUACUUCUUUUAAAAAGCAAAGGUACUUCCACCAAACUAUCAGAAUGCCGCCCAGGAAAAGUUAUCCUCUAUUUACAGGGAGAGGCUGUGAGAAUUGCAAGACAGAGUCUUGAUAUUCAACGUUUUGAUGAUUUAAGUGAUCUUCUAAAGCAGCAGAAGUACAUUCCACCUAAUACUGAUGUUUGCAUCCACCACAAGCCAUUUUUUCAUGAGCUGUGGAAAUUGCCACCCACGGAAAAUACUACUUUAUAAACUAAGAUUAUUUUUGAUAAAACUAUUCUAAUUUGUUGUCCAUUUAUGUACAUACCAUUUAUGUGUGUUAGUAAAUUGUUUUAUGUAAUGAGAUGUGUUGAUUUCAAAUGUUUUCUUUUCUAUCUUUCAUUUGCUUGUACAGUGUACUUGAACAUAAAUUGAUAGAGUACAUAUAUGAUUUAUAAAAAAUAUUUUUUUUCCAUCGUGAUACACAUAAAAAUUAUUCCAAAGUUAUUAAAAGUUGAUUUUAAGUUUUUUCUUUGAAAUGUUUUAAAUUCUAACACAGUGGAACUCCAGCUGUCCAAAUCAAUUGGGACCCCAUUCAUAUAAUCAAGAAUUUGGAUAAUUAGAUUUUUUAUGAAAAAAGAUUCUAAUUAAUCAAUAAAAUACUUAUGUUCAAAAUGAGGAGAAAAAAAGCUAUUUUUAAAGAAAGAGAUUUUAAUUAACUGAAGGGAAAGGUAACAUUUUUCAUGCUAAGUGCUGUACAUUUGAAAUGUAUGUACUAUAGUACUGCAAGUAAAUGUCAUUGCUUGCUAAACAUCUCAAAGUCAAGUUUGUCCGAUUUCACGAAGGGAAGGAUAAUAACGUGGGUAAGACACAAUCAUUAUUUUGCAAAUUGCAGUAAGUUUCUGUCUUUUUUUUCUUAACUUCUGGAAGCGAAUUGGAUAAUCAGCGAUUUGGAUAGUUGGGGCUCUACUGUACUUCCACAACUUUGUUGUUUUAUUAUCAUCUUUUCAUUGUACCUAUACCACUGUUUUCC